UUGAGCACCUGGCACCCGUGGCAACCACCCAUUACAUGUUUGUGGGGUGAUUCAUACAUACUACACACUCUAAAAGAUGAAUGGAGCUUCUGGGGGCAGGUACUCAGGUGCCAUGGCGACUUUGGCCCCACCCCAAGUCCCUGCCAGAGAACACCUGGGGUUAGAGCAGGUCUCUCGGCCGGGACACGCGGAUCCCCACCCACCCAGACACAUGGAGGCUGUGACGUUUGGUGAUGUGGCUGUGCACUUCUCACGGGAGGAAUGGCAGUGUCUGGAUCCUGGCCAGAGGGCCCUCUACAAGGAGGUGAUGCUCGAGAACCACAGCAGUGUGGCCGGACUAGCAGGAUUCCUGGUCUUCAAGCCUGAGCUGAUCUCCCGGCUGGAACAGGGGCAGGAGCCAUGGGUCCUUGACCUGCAAGGAGCAGAGGGGAGAGAGGCAUCCAGUACCUCCCAGGCAGAUUCUACAAUCAGGACGGAGAGUGAGCAGGCCUGUGAAGACAUUGACCGUCUAAAAUCAGAAUCCCGUGUGGUCAUGGUCAAAACCCCAUCCCAGGACUUUCCCCAGAGUCCUGGCUUUGGAGACGCCUCUGAUCCCGAGGUCUGUUCAGAGAGUCAGCCAACCUCCCUCUUCCAGAAAAACUGCUUGAACACAGGGACUGCGGCUCCCAGGGAGACCUUCACUGAGGACAAGGCCCAGGGGUGUGGCGAGCGGGGGAGCGGUGGCCGCCUGGGUUGUCGUCGUGAUCAAAGUCAGGGGUCCUUACAAAGAUGCGACAUUUGUGGUAGGAGUUUCCAAUCUACUUCAGAUGUCUCUCUGGUUCAGGAAAUUAAUACACAGAAGAGACCUAACAGCUGCCAAGAGUGCCAAAAAAAAUUACCUGAUUGCUUACAGGGGAGACAUCUGAAUACCUUGCAUGGAGAGAAGCCGUAUGAGUGUGAGGAGUGUGGGAAGGUCUUCAGGUUGUGCUCACAGCUUACUCAGCAUCAGAGGAUCCAUACUGGAGAGAAGCCGUUUAAAUGCACUGAGUGUGGGAAGGCCUUUCGUCUGAGCUCAAAACUCAUUCAGCAUCAAAGGAUUCACACUGGGGAGAAGCCCUACAGGUGUGAGGAAUGUGGAAAAGCCUUUGGUCAGAGCUCUAGCCUCAUCCACCAUCAGAGGGUCCACACGGGAGAGAGGCCCUAUGGCUGCCGGGAGUGCGGGAAGGCCUUCAGCCAGCAGUCUCAGCUAGCCAGGCACCAGAGGACCCACACGGGAGAGAGGCCCUACCCAUGCCAGGAGUGUGGGAAGGCCUUUAGCCAGAGCUCAACCCUAGCUCAGCACCAGCGGAUGCACGCUGGGGAGAAACUUCAGCUCCCGAGAACCCCGGAUAGUCCCAGCCUGGUUGCACAUCAGAGGUUGCACGCUACGGAGAAACCGUUUAAGUGUGACGAGUGUGGGAAGGCUUUCCGGUGGGUCUCCCGCCUUAGUCAGCAUCAGCUGACGCAUACUGGAGAGAAACCUUAUAAAUGCAACAAGUGUUCAAAGGCCUUUGGUUGCAGCUCACGGCUUAUUCGCCACCAGAGAACUCACACUGGAGAAAAACCAUUUAAGUGUGAUGAGUGUGGGAAAGGCUUUGUCCAGGGCUCACACCUAAUUCAGCAUCAGAGAAUUCACACCGGAGAGAAGCCCUAUGAGUGCAGUGACUGUGGGAAGGCCUUCAGCCAGAGCUCGAGCCUCAUUUACCAUCAGAGGAUCCAUAAAGGGGAGAAGCCCUACGAGUGCCUCGAAUGUGGAAAAGCCUUCAGUAUGAGCACACAGCUCACAAUACACCAGCGGGUGCACACGGGGGAAAGGCCCUAUAAGUGCAGUGAAUGUGGGAAAGCCUUCAGUCAGAACUCCACCCUUUUCCAGCACCAGAUCAUUCACGCUGGGGUGAAGCCCUACGGAUGCAGCGAGUGUGGGAAAGCCUUCAGCCGGAGCUCGUACCUCAUUGAGCACCAGAGGAUCCACACUCGAGCGCAGUGGUACCAUGAGUACGGGAAUACUCUGGAAGCUUCUACCCACGUGAGCCGUAAGAAAGUUAAUACUGUAAAGAAACUUCAUAAAUGUAAUGAAUGUGAAAAAAUAUUCAGAUGGCGCUCGCAUCUGAUUAUACACCAGAGAAUUCACACUGGAGAGAAACCUUAUAAAUGUAAUGAAUGUGGCAAAGCUUUUAAUAGGAGCUCAAGGCUUACUCAGCAUCAGAAAAUUCACAUGGGAUAGACCACUCACCUUUACAAAUGUGUAUAAGUGUGAAUAAACCUACAGCCUUAACUUAUUUUUUAUGGGAUCAUUUAUACUGAUGAUUUAGAAUGUUUUGAAAAAUUCAGAACUGCUCUCUUAGGAGAGGGAGCAUCCAGAUUCACAUGAGGUUUAUGUUUGUUUGCUGGCAUGUUUGACCUUCAGUAAAGCCCGUGUCCCUCCCGUCA